ACCUCUUCCAGGAACACUGGAAGUGCUGCAGCCGGGGAGGAGAGCAGGGGAGAGGAGGGGGGAGCGGUGACAUUGUGAAACAGCGUUCCUGGAUAGAGUUACAUUGCUCAGCAUUUGGAGUAGAGACCCCGUAGACCGACAUUAACGCCAGGAAAAUGUGGAGCUGAAUCCCCUCAGUUUUCCCUCUGAACGGCUCUGUAAACAGCGCGAGACGUCAUCAAUAAAGACUAGAAUGCCUCAGCUUGGAAACCUGUUUAACCAGUUCAAUCUCAGCUCCAGAGAUUCAGAAAGUGCCCAAGGCCAGAGCGCACCUCAGACGCCAACACUACCUGAUUUCAUACAACAUGUCAGGAAACUCACCGGGCUGAGAAAGGAAGAUGUUUAUAGUAAUCUGCGUAUCCCCGACCAGUUUCAGACCACCAAAGACGACAUCAACAUUGUUAUCCUCACAGGCCAGGGGAUCUUCUGCAUCGAUGUAAAACCCUGGAGAGGCACAGUGUCCGCUCACAACCAGAACUGGCACGUGCAAGUUAAAGAAGAGGACCAAAACUUUACCAAUACCUGCAUUGAGCAGAUUGAAGAUCCCCUCAAAGCUAUCAUGACCAAGACGGCUAACUUAUGUGGCCAUUUGAUGAGGAGUGGAGUGUUGGUGCGCCAGAGCCUCUUCUUCCCCAGGGUUGUCUUCCUCUCUCCAGACUGUGAGCUGGAUGAGGAGCUGAGGAAGAGGAGGGAGCUGGUCUCUCACAGCCAGAUCGACGACUUCCUCCGGUCUUUCAGGGAGGGCUACGUCGCCUGGAUAUCAGAUGCACUGACUCCCUCCUGGCUCUCUGGUCAUCUGUCGUACAGGCAGAUGGAGUCAGUGCGGGAGGUCCUGAGGCGGGUGGGGACAUGGGAUCUGGUGCGGCUGCACGGUGGCGAGCAGCUGAAAGGAGACUACCAGGGCUGCCAGUACAUCGCUCUCAACCGGCAGGAGACGGACACGCUCGAGUUUUCCAGAGUCAGGACCCUGUCGGCUGAUUCGCUGUGGGCCCUGCUGGGACACGCUCCUCAGGUAACAGUUAAAAUGUACAAGCGUGGCUCUCAGGGCUGGCUGGGUAAAUCCCUGAACGCCACUGCCACCAUCCCCUCCAACACCUCUGUGAUCUUCAGGAUCAGCGGUGAGGAAGCAGAUGCCAAAAUCCCAGCGAACACCAUUCACAGCAUCACGCUCAGCAACUGACAGAAGAGGAUAGCCAGCACAACAUGGCACUGUGGGUGUAUGCAGAUGCAAAAAAACCAAACUCUCAAUUUAGCUCAGACCUUUUUACAGAGUGCCUUUUACUAUGCAGUGUUUGUAUUUUAUUAUAUUGUACUAAAAACUUAUGAAUGUCUUUAAGUGAGCAUUUAUUGUAAAAAACAAAGAACAAAAAAGAAAGAAAAGAAAAAGACCCAUUUGCCAAUUUCCCUGAUUUUCUGAUCCUCAGCGCCAAUAUUAUGCUAAUGAAGAUGGUUUUAGACAAUUAGCCUGAUUAACUUUCUCUUGUUUUGAAUUUCUAGGGCUGGCCCACACUUUACACUAGUCAUUAAUUAAUCAUUACGCCAGCUGAUUGUGUCACAUCAGUUCAGGAUUGAAGUGUUUAAUGUGUUAAUUGUGGCAGUUAAAUACUGGUGGCCUCUAGUGGGAUGAGGGCCGAGCAUGUUACUGCCUGCACAGGUUUAAUGGGCAGUGAUUUACGGUCUGUUUAGACGGUGUAACUGUAAGGUGCUUUAUUAAUAUGCUCCACUGUGCAGAGGAGAUGAUAACAUAUUCAAGAGUGCACAGGCGCAGCCACCAGCACCAUUCAUAAGCGUGUCUGAGUCACUUUCCAUCAGUUACCAGGCUUACACAGCUGCGCUAACAGCUAGCAAUUGUAUUUACUGUGCCUGGUCGCGGCCAAAAUGAAGUUAUUUCCAUCAAGAUAUCAGUGCCUUUAGCUAAUGCAAUAGAAGGAGCUCUCUGUGUUGAUGGUAUCUCUUUGCAUGGCAUCUCUCUACCUGAAACAUCAUUACACUCUACUCAAGCUCCUCACUUUUUCAAAUGUCUGUUUACUGUUUUACCUGAGGGACAGAUUGAACUAACAGCGCUGUGUUGGUUGCAAUUGUACGCACACAUUUUGUAGACUUGUAGUUCUUUUUCAGAUCUUGGUCAACAUUGCUUGAAUUUAUGAUAAAUUUUGCAUAUUUGAACUUGAAGGAGCUGUAUACGACGUUUAGAGCUUUCACACAUCAGCAAAGAACUAUUAUCUAUGUAGAGAUAUAGAAGAGUGAUGGUGCCAUGAGCAGAGAAUGAAGCAAGCCCCCAGGAACUGGGCCAGACUUUGAAGUCUUUUUGACAUAGCAGCCAAACCGUGGACUUACAACUUCAGGUUCAUCAUGUGAUGCCAUGGGGCCUCAGAACUUUUCCCAUAGACUUACAUUGUGAAAGAAAUGCCUGUGAAUCAGUGGAUACAUUUUCUUGAGCUUCACAAUCUCCACAAAAUGGCUCGUUUCACUAUCAGAAUUUUAACGAUUCAUUCGGAUAUAGGGUCGUCUGCUGGGAUGGCAAAUGGAAAAUAACACACUUGUUUGUGGGGGGUCGCAACGAAGCAAAAAUAAAUGCUCAGUCAACCACCCAACUGGACUGGACCCAAAAACUGCCAACUUUAUGAAUUACAGUAGGCGAAUAUGCAAAUGCUAAGAUAGCGAAGGAAUGGCCUGCCUUACUGUGCCUCUGAUUGGCUUACCCUGACCUUGCCACCCUAACCCUAACCAGUCCCACUCCUCUUGCCUAAACCUAACCAAUCCAGCUAAUGAAGGCAACGAGUACUCGCCAGUCAUAGGGAAUGUAGCUAUCCUCGCUAUCCUAGGAAUUUGCGUACCACAGUUGUCAGGACUGAGAACUGUGACAAAGACAGACAACUAGAGACAGAGACAGAGAAGGGGGGAGAGGUGGAAGGUGGACUAUUGCAUGCAAAGUUUCUGUCGGCCUGAGUAUUAAUAACUUACUUGAAACACUGCUUUUUUACCCGCCCGCUGAAACCUGUGAUAUUUAUAUAAGGUUAAGUGAAUGGAUACUGAUCUAUGGUGGUGGGAAAUAUUCAAGAUGGCAAUGACAAACCUGGUCACUAAAAAAUGUACCACUUCGGCCAUCUAGCAGCCUGCGCUUCAUCUGGCAGAUAAACCCAACCUUAGUCUGAUAACAUUUUUAAAGUCUAGAAGAGCAGCACGAUUAAAUUAUUUUAUCCCCAUUCAAGGGCUAAAGUGGGAGUUAGCCGCUCGGCCACUGUAGGCCUCUGGUGUGCCUGCUCUGAGGGCACCAUGAUGUGGAGGAUCUAGGUAAUUUUCUACCCAGGAAGUCGAGCUUUUUUGGUUCCGCGCACACCACUAAGCAACUUGCAUAGGAGUAAAUAGGGCCCCACCUCCAACAAACUAGCCAGUUCACUUUAUACAUCCAUGGACAUCACUCUACCUCUGUGUGUUGUAGUCCAAGCUUCUCUGUUCUUUGUUGUGGUGGGCAGUCUGGCUGUGCGUGCAUGUUUGUACAUGUGAGACCAUGUGAGUGUGUUCCACUGGCUAGCUAAUCACCACUGCUCUGCAUUGUGCUCGUACAGUGGUUACCCCCAGAGAUGUUAAUGGUAGUGAAUGUGAUGGGUGUACUACUAGGAAGUUGAGCAGGUUACCAAGGAGGAAGUGGGUACACUCCCCUAAGAAUUCCGAUGGCUUUUUGGCUAAUUGGUGGGUAUGGUAAAAACAGACAGAAAAAGAGGUGGAUAUAUCACGUAUACCUGUGUAUACCCUCCACUACACCACUGGUUACCCCUGAUAUCAGGACAUCGUUGCCGUGAAGUCUAGUGCCCACCCUCUGGUUUUCCUCCAAGUUAGCAAUGCUAACUCUGUCAGCACUGUUGCCAUAGUUCGCACUAUAAAUGGAGUUAGCACCUUUAGCUGCUUGCCGCUAGCUCAGCUACCUCCAUGUUGAGAACCUAGUGCAGUCAAUCUCACCCCAGGCUUUGAAUGUUGCAUACAGCUCCUUUCAGAACUAAAGAGUGUCCUCAGGAACUGUUUUCUCCACAGCACUUGACAAACAUUUUUAGCAAAAUCAGACGAUACAGGUUGAGAAGGAUUUAAAGAACUUAUUAUAUGUAGUGUGUGGUGGUGGGUGCAUGCAGGGCAAUAAAAAUGUUUUGUUCAUAUUUUUUAAACUUCUAGCACUUUCAGCAUCAAGCUAACUUAUACAUGACUGUUAACCUCACUCUUCAGUUGAUGUAAGCAUGGUUGUUUUAUUCAUUGGUGUGUGUGUGUUUUUUAGUUGUGGUUUUUAUGUUUACAUGUAUUUGUACUAUCUGGUGUCAUAAUAAA